AUGUUUGAUGUUAUAUCCAAGCUGCCUAAUGAGCUAUUUGCUCAGAUCUUCUCUUUCUUCAACGUGUUUGAAUUGGCAAAACUUGAACAAGUAAGCAAAUCAUGGCAUACCAUGAUUCGAAAGAAUCCAACUUUAUGGAAAGAUGACGGAUUCGAUGGGCAAAAAGUGUUUGAUGUAUGUGCCCUUCAACAUGAAGGUAAAUAUAAAGCAAUGCUGGAAAAAAGUCAUGGUAAAUUACACAGGAUCUUUUUGCCAGUAUACUUAUCCUUCAAGACUCAAGAAGAAAUAGAACAUUUACUCAACCAUCUGAUCAAAUCAGAAGUGCAAGAUUUGUGGAUUGUGAUCAGGGUAAACAGCACUUGCCCUGACCAUCACAGGCAUACUGAGACUGAUUGGACACCAAAAGGCAGAUACCAACUUCGGGAGGCAGUCAAAACUGUCAUACGGACUGUGGUGCAAUGUGAUAAAUUGAAACACUUGCGUUUGGUGGCAGGUGAUAGGGUAUACGUCAAUAUACAAGACUUUGGCGAGCCUUCAAAGUGGCCUUUCGCUAUUAAUCGACUAAGAAAGCUUGCACUUCACAACAUCAAUUACGACUCUCUUUUCCCGUGCGAAGAACUCUAUCAAUGUAUUUCAGAAGUUGAGGAUAUCGAGUUUAGAUCAACUGGUAGGCCUGACAACGUAAUCGAUGACGAAAGGAAGGAUAUUUGGCGUUUCAUUAGCACUGCAAAAGCUAGCUUGAAGAGAUGUCGUGUUCGUUAUACAAUGGACAAUCGGAAUUCGAACUUAGCUACGUUUACACCUGCCACCUACGCAUUUCCACAAAUGGAACAAUUAUACCUAUCUAUAUGUGAGAUGCAACGAACAAGUACGAUGCAAUAUUUAAAAUGUCCAAGAUUGAAGGUUCUCCACGCUUAUACAGUGUCUCAACACAAAAUGGUAGAGCAACUACUCUGUAACAGUCUAGAGGAAUUGCAUAUCGGCCUCUUACCUGAUGAAGAGCAAGACCGUAAGAGUGUGUUGGACAAAAUGGAGAGAUGCACCAAAGUGAAGAAAUGGAUCAUCAAAAAUAGCCUAGGUAAUGCUGAUAUCGAAGAAAUGUGCGUUCGAUUACAAAGGUCUCCACUAGAAGAGGUAAUUUUGAAUGACCUAUCACCCGAUUCAAUUCUUAAAGUGAAGAAAAUGAUAAAUGAUCGACUUAGUGGUGGAUCAUUCACCAAGAUUCAGAAAGCAACAAUUUCGAUAAGGAAGGGUGGACCGAAAGAGAAUGAAUGGCUCAAAAAACAUGUUCCAAAAGUUGAUGCAUAUAUCCUCCCUGACCGAAUUCAUCAACGAGACGCAUUAUUCAGAGAACAGGGAUUGCACUAUUUCGAACUUGCUGAGCUACUCCGAUCUUAAGUACUCAAUCAGGCGAUGAUCUCAAUACCC